AUGCGGGCGGCGGCGGGGGGCGCGCGGGCGGCCGCGCUGGCGCUGCUGCUGGGGGCGCUGCACGGGGCGCCGGGGCGCGGCGAAGAGUACGACUACUACGGCUGGCAGACCGAGCCGCUGCACGGGCGCUCGUACUCCAAGCCGCCCCAGUGCCUCGACAUCCCCGCCGACCUGCCGCUCUGCCACACCGUGGGCUACAAGCGCAUGCGGCUGCCCAACCUGCUGGAGCACGAGAGCCUGGCCGAGGUGAAGCAGCAGUCGAGCAGCUGGCUGCCGCUGCUCGCCAAGCGCUGCCACUCGGACACGCAGGUCUUCCUCUGCUCGCUCUUCGCGCCCGUCUGCCUCGACCGGCCCAUCUACCCUUGCCGCUCGCUGUGCGAGGCCGUGCGCGCCAGCUGUGCGCCGCUCAUGGAGGCCUAUGGCUUUCCCUGGCCCGAGAUGCUGCACUGCCACAAGUUCCCCCUGGACAACGACCUCUGCAUCGCUGUGCAGUUCGGGCACUUGCCCGCCACCGCGCCUCCAGUGACCAAGAUCUGCGCCCAGUGUGAGAUGGAGCACAGCGCUGAUGGCCUCAUGGAGCAGAUGUGUUCCAGCGACUUCGUGGUCAAAAUGCGCAUCAGAGAGCUCAAGAUAGAGAACGCGGACCGGAAGCUGAUUGGAGCCCAGAAAAAGAAGAAGCUGCUCAAGCCGGGCCCCCUGAAGCGCAAGGACACCAAGAGGCUGGUGCUGCACAUGAAGAACGGCGCUGGCUGCCCCUGCCCGCAGCUGGAGAGCCUGGCCGGCAGCUUCCUGGUCAUGGGCCGCAAAGUGGACGGACAGCUGCUGCUCGUGGCCGUCUACCGCUGGGACAAGAAGAACAAGGAGAUGAAGUUCGCGGUCAAGUUCAUGUUCUCCUACCCCUGCUCCCUCUACUACCCCUUCUUCUAUGGGGCCGCGGAGCCCCACUGAAGGGCACUCCUCCCUGCCCCACCCAGCCAGCUGUGCCUUGUCUUCUGUCUCCGCCCCUGGGGUGCACUCUCUCCUCCUGCCCACCUGGCCUCCCCCUACUCCCAGGCUGACCCAGCCCCUGCCGGAGGGUGGUUCAUGCAGAGCUGCUACCAGCACAGGCACUAAGGGAUGGACGUGGAGCCAGGCUGUCCUUGACCGAGGGGUUCUGGGGUCCUUGAAGGUUUCCUCCCAUAGGAGCAGAGGUUUCUCAGUUGGGAGAAAGUAGGCAGAGAGAAGACAGAGCUCUAAGCAGCCUGAGGAGGUGGUUUCCAGAAUAGCCGGUGGUGUCGGCUCCCCUCUGUUGGCGGUGGGGCCUCGCCUGGGA